AAUACGUGUUAUAUAUAUAUAACACCCCAUAUUGCAUUGCUCAACAAACAAACCCAAACACUUCUUGACCUAAACAUUUAUUUGAUCCGACUUUUGGCUUUAGAGUUUAAGGUUCGCGUUCUCGGGUAUAGUAAUAUGGCAUCAAAAGAAGGAGCAGGGAACCUAGAGUGGAGGAUAAAUGUUGACAAUGGAGCAACCGAGAGAUUGGUUCCUAAAUCAGGACCUAGUAUAAGAAUCUUUCUUUGGCUAAAGGGUUUAGUAAUGAAGGUAAUUCUGGAGCGACUCUCAAAGUUUAUGAGGAAGACCUGGAAGAUUGGGGCAGAUGAUCCGGCAAAAGUGGUUCAUUGUCUGAAAGUAGGACUUGCACUUUCAUUAGUCUCAAUCUUCUAUUACAUGAGACCUUUGUAUGAUGGAGUUGGAGGAAAUGCUAUGUGGGCUAUCAUGACUGUUGUAGUCGUCUUUGAGUCCAAUGUCGGAGCAACAUUCUCAAAAUGUGUGAACAGAGUGGUGGCAACUAUAUUAGCUGGAUCACUAGGCAUUGCUGUUCACUGGGUUGCAAAUCAAUCAGGAAAAGCUGAGAUUUUCGUCAUUGGAUGCUCUGUUUUUCUCUUUGCUUUCGCAGCUACUUAUUCGCGGUUUGUGCCUUCAUUCAAAGCCAGAUUCGACUAUGGAGCGAUGAUCUUUAUCCUCACAUUUAGCCUUGUCUCAGUAGGCGGUUACCGAGUAGAUAAGCUGGUUGAUAUGGCUCAGGAAAGAGUAUCAACUAUUGCUAUUGGAACAUCUAUUUGCAUUAUCAUCACUGUCUUCUUCUGUCCAAUAUGGGCAGGAACUCAGCUUCAUCGCCUUGUUCAACGUAAUUUUAUAAAACUUGCUGACUCAUUAGACGGCCGUGUAGAAGAGUACUUCAAGAAGAAAGACGUCUCUGAGAAUGAAGAUGAAGAAACUAACAUGAAGUUGCAAGGAUUCAAAUGUGUACUAAACUCUAAGGGAACAGAGGAAUCUAUGGCGAAUCUAGCUAGAUGGGAACCUGCACAUGGAAGCUUUAACUUCAGGCAUCCAUGGCAACAAUAUGUAAAGAUAGGGGCUGCUAUGAGGAGAUGUGCUUAUUGCCUUGAGAAUCUUAGUAUCUGCAUGAAUUAUGAAACAGAGGUACCAGACCAGGUCAAGAAACACUUCGGACAAGCUUGUGUGAAACUGAGCUCAGCUUCUUCAAAAAUCUUGAGAGAAUUAGCAGAAAUGAUUAACAACACGAGAAAAUCUUCGAAGAUGGACUUCUUGGUGUUUGAUAUGAACACAGCAGUUCAUGAGCUUCGAGAAAUAUUAAAGACUGUUCCAGUUGCAACGAACAAACCCGAAGAAGGAGAUAGUAAUGAAGACAGAACCAUGCCGAUGAGCGUACAUGAAGUACUUCCUGUUGCCACUUUGGUCUCGUUGUUGAUUGAAAACGCAGCUAGGAUUCAAAAAACGGUCGAAGCAGUGGAUGAACUUGCAAAUCUUGCAGAUUUCAAACAAGAUUCAAAAAAGAAAACCGGAGACAACAAGGCUAAACAACCACCACAAAGUUCCUAAGUUGCUCUAAAUCAUACAACGAAAACUCAACGGACAUAAAGAUUUUAAACCGGAGUUUUCAUGUAUAUAUGUAAACCACCUUUUAGUAUAUGAGUUUCUAACCGAAGUUUUCUUAGGCAUAGGUUUUUAAGGCCAAAAAACAAGCACUCCCUCCGUUUCACAUUUUAUCUUAAUGCACAAAAAUUAAAAAUUUUAGUUUUUACUAAAAAAUAGUUUUAAAAAUAUAAUUUGAAAAUUAUUCAACCAAUUACAUAAAUGACUGUAAUAUCUAAUUGACUACACAGUUUUUAAUAAAGAUAAAAUAACAUAAAAAUAUCAAAACAUCAUCUAUUAUGAAACAACAAAAAUCUUCCAAAACAUCAUCCAUUUUGAAACGGAAAGAGUAAUAAGAUAUAACCUCUAAUUAAAUCUUGAUAUAGACCAUAAAGAAAAAAAGAAAAACUAUAAAUCUUGAUAAUGUUGGGAAUUGGGAUCCAUGAUCCUUACAGUGCCACCAUAUCAAACAAGAAAUGAGAUCAAUAGGGGAAAAUAAAACCAUAACUAGACAUUGGCCAGUUAUGCAUGAACUGUUUAGCCUGCAAAACAAAACCUAGUAGUUUAUAUUGUUGGACUUUAGAAAGUUUUAUAUGGGCCUAAUAGUCAUACAAGGCCCACAUCGAUAAACCUCAUUUGGGUCAUUUUUUCAAGUUUGUAAAUCGCUAUUUGUUUUUCUCCUUCCUAAACAGUUGGGAACGAUUUUUCUCCGGCGCAUCUCCUUGUCCUCUCGCUUCGUCGUCUGUGAAUCGAUUCAGUAAUGUCACGAGCCACGUACAUAGUGGGUGCCCUUGCGGGAUCUGCUGUUGUAGCCUACAUCUGUGACAAAGUCAUUUCUGAUGAUAAGAUCUUCGGAG